CUGAUGGGCAGCUUUUCUGCCGGCAGAGCGGCGCGAGCUCGUCGAAACGCUUCGGCCGACACGGACGUAAGGGGUGGUGCAGGACCUGAAGUGAAGCCGCGACGAAUAAGGUUCUGCUAUUUUGCGUCUAUUUUUCGUCGCCAACACGCACGGUCUAUAGCGAGUCUGGAAGAAGGCUCUUUUGAGGGAGAGGAGAGCCGGCGCUGAAAAAGUCGCACGGUUCCGACUUGCGAGGAAUUCCGUGCCACGUUUUGUGUCAGACCGUCGGAACGAGCGGAGCGGACGGGAAAACAAACAGGUCGCGUGAAGACAGACCCGUAACCGGUGGCACGAGGAGCCGUCGGGCUGCGAAGAGCGGUUCGACGACGAGUGGCUUCUGGAGUGCGGGACGGACGAUUGAUUUUUCUAUCGAUUUACAAGUGUGGGAACGUGGGUUCCGACUGGAUACGUCUGGAUAGAUAAAACAUGAUUAACUUAAGAUAUUAUGACAUGUUUGUCUGAGGCACCUUACCUUUCAUGUUUUUAGAAUUAUACACAUUUAUAUUACCAUCUGCUGUGAUUUCAGCCAGAGACUCGGACAUUGAAUUGGAUGAAACCGUCAGCAGCGUUUUAAAACAUCUCCUGUCGCCUCAAUCAAUGUAUGCUGGUUAGUUAGUUGUUUAGAUAGCUGGCUGUCACGCUCCGGCGACGCGCGCGCCACCAUGCACUCGAGGCGUCUCGCGAAGCGCUCAGUGCUCGGGAGUCGCGUGUUCGCGCGCAGCCCUACGGCUGACGGGGUCGUGCUGUCCGGGGUGGUGCAGGCUGUCAAGCAGGAGAGCAAGGAGGCGUCGGGCGGAGCGCGCCGGAACGUGUACACGGUGCUCAUGCAAGACGGCAGCCUGCGGGAGUACAACGAAGACGAGGUCGCCGUGGGCCCCGCGCAGAUGCCGGCCAAAGGACCCGGAUCUGUCAAGACCGGGCUCAAGCAGAACUCCCUCAGUGGAAGGGAUGUCACUGGGUUGCCCCUACCUGCAGAACCCCAGCAGGGUGAAACGAGCCCGUCCGCACCUGAGGUGGUAGAGGACCCUCGAGGGCUGGACUGCAGACGUACGGGUCGCACCUCUGAUAUGGAGAAGGAGCACGGCCGCUCUGUCUGCUUGCUGGAGCAGAAGCGCAAGGUGGUCUCAUCUAGCAUCGACGUGCCGCAUGCCAGGAAAUCUGAGGAGGAGGCGGACAUGGACAAGGUGACUGCUGCCAUGGUGCUCACCAGCCUCUCUACAAGCCCCCUGGUGCGGAGUCCCCCCGUCAGAACCAGCGAGUGCUCCAAUGGCUCCUGGAAGGAGGGUGGCUUCACCCCAUCCAGCCACAGCAGCAGCGGCUACUGGAGCUGGAGUGCCCCGAGCGACCAGUCCAACCCCUCAACGCCCUCCCCGCCCCUGUCUGCUGACUGUUUCAAGCCUUUCCGCAUGCCCAGUGUCGGGGGGCCUGCAGAUGAUGGCAUCGAUGAAGCCGACAGUAGCAGCCUGCUGUUUGACGAACCCAUCCCCCGCAAGCGCAAGAACUCUAUGAAGGUGAUGUUCAAGUGUCUGUGGAAGAACUGUGGGAAGGUGCUGAGCACUGCGGCUGGGAUCCAGAGGCACAUUCGCACCACGCACCUAGGGCGUAACUGCGACUCUGAGUGCAGUGAUGGCGAAGAGGACUUCUACUACACAGAGAUCAAGCUCAACACAGACUCUGUGGCAGAGGGCCUGAGCAGCCUGUCCCCUGUGUCCCCCUCCGUCCUGGCCCCACCGCCUCCCCUGGCACCUCCUGAGAGCAGCAGGACCAAGAGCGAGAGCAACGGCACACCUUUGAGCCGCUCUGCCCCCAGCACACUCUACCUCGUACAUGCUGACCAUGCCUACCAGGCCACCACUCCCGUAACCAUCCCCAGUUCCAACAGCUUCACCCCCAAUGGCAGCAACAGCUUCAGUAUCUCCUGGCAGUCACCACCAGUCACUUUCACUGGUACCUCUGCCUCUCCUACCCAUAGCCGGAACCAGGGCUUCGUGGAGCAGCGAGCUCAGACCAUUGCUGUGCUCUCAUCCCCACCCAGGGCCACCACCUCUCUUAGGAAGUCUCGUGGCGAAGGGAAAAAGUGCCGCAAGGUGUACGGCAUGGACAACCGGGACAUGUGGUGCACAGCCUGCCGCUGGAAGAAGGCCUGCCAGAGGUUUGUGGACUAAGACUGGAUGAGGUGGGGUCUGGGGCGACCCUCUGGAGUUAAAAGGCAAGUUGGGGGUUGUCACCAUGAUUUCCAGAGUGGUACCCAAGGGGCUUCUGAGGCAUACGGACACUGGCCAUGAGGAUGAACUCACUAUGGAAUGGCCAAAUAUCACUUUUUAAUGUGUUUUUUCUAUUUGUUUUUUUAACAUUUGGCAGAGAAACAUUUUUUUCCAGACAGGAAGUAAACAGCCAUUGCGCAUCUUUUUUUAAAAAGGACAAACAUUAAUUUCUACAUUAUGAAGGUCCAUUGGAACUCUGGAUAAAGUUGCCGUACUCUGUUCCUGGAUGGUGCUCCUCUUUAACCGUCCACUGAACCUCAGACUGGGGCAGCCCUUUGCUCCAACUGCAAAUGCCACCGAACCGAACCUUUAUGGAACCCCUUCACCCUGGAAUAGACCCAUGGACACAACUGGGGCACACAAACCAAUCAAUGCAAAAAAAAAACAAACUGGAAGAAAAGCAAAAAAUAUACUGUUUGACCAGCAAACAUCUCCUUUUGUCACAUUUGCAUUAAGCAAUUUCACAGAUAAACUCUUUUUACGCCGUUUAUAUAUGCGUGUUUACUAAUACUUUUUUUCAGGGAUAUGCUCGAAGGAAACAAAACCAGCAGCUAUGUUUAUACCAGAUGGAUUUUAGUUGUUUCCAGCUUGCCAUGUAUUCACUUCUUACCAAAAAGUGUUUUUAUAUGUAUUUUCCCCCUUUUGACUUUUUUCACCUGAAAAUGUGACGACAGAUGUACACAGACUUUUGCAGCCUGUUGCAAAACUGACCACAAAAAGGGCCAAAUUAGCUCUCUAUGGAUAACCCUUGUAAAGACCUUACCUAUCCUUCCCAGCUUUCAUUGUUUAUCCUCCUGUCGGAUUCAGUCCCCUCUCCAUAUUCUUAGAGAAACAUCGGCCAACAUCUAAUGUGUUUUUAACCUCGAGUGUUGCUUCUUUUUUACUGACCUGUGCUCUUCUGCAUACAUAACCAGUCAGUAUUUGAUACACACGUUGCAGCAGAAGAUGAGGUUGGACAUGCUAAAAAUAGAUUGCAUUUGUUGUAUAUGCUGUUUUAAUAGUAAGACAUGUCAGCUCUCAAAA